AUGACUAAAAGAGAAGCAGACGGUCCUUUAAAUGGGAUAGAUAAGAAAAGAGCACUACAAGACGAUAUCAGCGAAGAUAGUGAAGAUGAGAUCAUCUCAGAUUCUCCGCAACAAGUUUUCGAUAUUCCAGUCUCCCAGAAUAAUCAUUGGCAAGAAACCAUCACCCAAGUUGUUAACUCAGUUGUUUCUAUUCAUUUUUCUCAAGUUACAUGUUUUGAUACCGAAUCAGCAUUAGUUAGUGAAGCCACUGGGUUUGUGGUUGAUGCAGAAAAAGGAUUAAUUCUUACAAAUAGACAUGUCGUUGGACCUGGUCCAUUUACAGGAUAUGUCGUAUUUGAUAAUCACGAAUCUGUUGAAGUCAAACCUAUCUAUAGAGAUCCUAUCCAUGAUUUUGGUUUCUUGAGUUUUGAUCCAAAAUCAGUUAAAUACCUUAAAUUAACCCAACUUGAGUUGUGUCCACAAUUGGCAAAAAUUGGUACUGAAAUUAGAGUUGUGGGUAAUGAUGCUGGUGAAAAAUUAUCUAUUUUAGCAGGUAUAAUUUCAAGAUUGGAUAGAAAUGCUCCGGAGUACGGUUCAAUGACUUAUAAUGAUUUUAACACAGAGUAUAUUCAAGCGGCAGCAUCUGCAGCUGGGGGUUCAUCUGGUUCUCCAGUUGUCAAUGAAGAUGGAAAGUGUGUUGCAUUACAAGCUGGUGGAUCUACUGAAGCAGCAACUGAUUUCUUCUUGCCAGUUUAUAGACCUUUAAGAGCAUUACAAUGCAUUCAACAGGAGAAACCAAUAACCAGAGGUGAUAUCCAAGUUGAAUGGCAGUUGAAACCGUUCAAUGAGUGUGUAAGAUUAGGGUUAACUGCUGAAGCAGAAGAAAAAGCAAGAGAAUUAUUCCCUGAUAAGAUUGGUUUAUUGGUUGCGGAAUUAGUUUUACCAGAAGGACCUGCCGAUGGGCUAAUCAAAGAAGGGGAUACUUUAAUCUCCAUCAAUGGUGAAUACAUUUCUACAUUCAUAAGAGUUGACGAGAUACUUGAUGAAAAUGUUGGCAAUGAAUUGGAAUUUGUUAUUCAAAGAGGUGGUCGUACAUUGCAGCACAAGAUAAAGAUUGGAAACCUUCAUGAUAUUACACCAAAUAGAUUUGUAUCAGUUGCUGGUGCAACUUUUAAUGACAUGUCAUACCAAAUUGCCAGAUCAUUUGGAUUACCAGUUAAAGGGGUAUUUGUCAAUCAUGGAGCUGGUUCAUUUGAAUUUUCUUCGCAAGAUACAUUAGGAUGGUUUAUUCAAGCUGUUGACGAUGUACCAGUGGGCAAUUUAGACGAAUUUGUUGAAGCUAUGAAGAAUGUCCCUGAUAAGGCUAGAAUCGCUGUCCAAUAUAAGCAUGUUACUGAUUUCCAUUCAGAAUACGUUCACAACAUCCAUAUCGAUAGACACUGGAACUCCAGCUUUAAAAUGGCUACUCGUAAUGACAAGACAGGGUUAUGGGAUUUUACAACUAUACAAGAGAAGCCACUACCUCCUGUUGCUCCUCAACCACAAAAUGCAAAAUAUAUUGAUAUUCCAUUUGAUGAUGAAAGCAAAAAAGGUUGUUCAGAAUUAGUUCGCUCAUUUGUGGAAGUUCGUACAGUUUGUCCAAGUACUGUUGAUUCACAUCCAUUCAAAAAAUCCAUCUGUCAUGGUGUUGUCAUUGAUGCCGAAAAUGGGUUUGUUCUUGUUUCUAGAAGAUAUGUUCCACAUAAUAUGUGUGAUGUAUUCCUUGUCUUUGCCGAAUCCAUUGAUGUUGAAGCAAAAGUUGUGUUUUUACACCCUCAUCUUAAUUAUGCCAUUGUAAAGUAUGAUCCAAAAUUAGUUUUAGCUGACGUUAAGACACCUGCAUUUGGCGAAAAACCAUUACAAAGAGGAGAAAAGACAAUCUUUGUUGGUUACAAUCCUAACUCAAGAUUGGUUACUGAUGAUGUUAGAGUCAGUUCAGUUUCCUCAAGAAAUAUGUCAGCCAACCAAUUGGCUCCUCGUUAUCGAGGUACAAACUUGGAAUGUAUUGUUCUUGACAGUAAAAUUACUCACGAAUGCCUGUCUGGUGUUUUAGCUGACGAUGAUGGAACAGUUCGUGCAAUUUGGUUGAGUUAUUUGGGUGAACCAAACGAUUCUGUAUAUAGAAUGGGUUUGGAUGUGACUGAUAUCAAAGACGUUGUUUCAGAAUUACAAAAGAAUAAUGUUCCUAAGAAUUUGAGAAUCCUUGAUGCUGAGUUUAGAUCUACCACUGUUUUCACUAGUAGGGCCAGAGGUGUAUCACAAGAGUGGAUUGAUAAAUAUGAAAAAGACGCUACAGACCAAAUUCAAUUUUUAAGUGUUACCAGAGUUGCUGCACCAAGUUUAAGUGGUGUUGCAUGUCCAUUGAAGACAGGUGAUAUCGUUCUCUCAGUUGAUGGUCAAAUAGUAAAAGAUAUGAGAGGUUUGAAGUCAAUGUACACUAAAGAAGUUUUGGAAUUCAAGAUUAUGAGACAAAAGAAAGAAAUGAGUUUACAAGUUCCUACAAUUGAUACUAGUGCUCUUGAAACUUCACAUGUUGUUUUCUGGUCUGGUGUUUUACUUCAACCACCACACUUUGGUGUAAGACAAUUGAUGAAAAGUAUUCCAUCAGAAGUUUACGUCAUUGAGAAAGCUGCUGGAAGUCCAGGUACUCAAUAUGGUAUUGCACCAGUCAGUUUCAUAACACAUGUUAAUGAUCAAGAAACUAAAGAUCUUGAUUCAUUUGUGAAAGUAGUUAAAGAUAUUCCUGAUAAAACUUAUGUGAAAUUAAGAAUGGUUUCAUUUGAUAAUGUUCCUAUGGCAAUUUCAUUGAAAACUGAUUAUCACUAUUUCCCAACAACUGAAAUCAAAAGAUCCGAACAAACCAAUGAAUGGAAUGAACAAGUAUACAAUGAAUCCAAAUAG